AUGUUGAGGGUGGAGAGCUUGCUUUAUUUUGGUAGGAUAUGGGGUCUAGCGUAUUCUUAUUCGGGUCGAAAACUGGUUUCUUUAGGUAAAUCGGUGUGCUUUAUUUUGGUAUGCUUCUUUCGUUUUCUUCUUCUCAUGAAUCCAUUUUGGAUUCAACUCUUCUAUUUUUUAUUCAUUUCGGCUUUUGGAUUGUGGGUUUUGGCUGUUUUGAAGCCGAAAACUUACGAUUCUUAUCGACCUGCGAAUUUGGAUCUUUUAUUCACCUCUGUGUCUGCCUCCACUGUUUCCAGCAUGUCUAGUGUGGAAAUGGAGGUUUUCUCUGAUUCCCAACUCAUUGUCUUGAUUGUUUUGAUGUUCGUGGGCGGCGAGGUUUUUACUUCCAUGGUUGGAAUCCAAUUAAGGAAGUUGAAACUCAAACUUUCAGAAGAUAAAAUCACUUCUGUCCCUAGUGUUUUAAGUACUAUUUCUUCAAACCCUCAAAAUAUUUUAAGUCAAAUAGAGUUGGGCGUCGUUAGAAAACUUGAUCACCAGCCCGAGAGGCAGCUAAAACACAACUCCAUCAAACUUUUAGGUAUCGUAGUACUCAGUUAUCUUCUAACAAUCCAUCUUUUAGGCAUAGGGAUGGUCUUAGUUUACAUGGAAACUGUCUCAAGUGCUAGAGAAGUCCUAAGCAAAAAGGGGUUAAAAACAUCAACUUUUGCAAUUUUCCUCACGGUUUCAACUUUUGCAAGCUGUGGCUUUGUGCCAACAAAUGAAAACAUGAUAGUCUUUAGCAAGAAUUUAGGCCUACUCGCAAUGCUCAUUCCUCAAGCUCUCUUAGGGAACACUUUGUUUCCUUGUUGCUUGAGGUUUUCCAUUUGGAGUUUGGGAAAGUUUACGAAGAAGUCAGAAACCAGAUUCUUGUUGAAAAAUAGUGAGGAAAUUGGGUACUUGCAUCUGCUCCCAAGGCUUCAUUCAUUGCUUUUGGCUUCAACUGUGUUUGGAUUUGUGUUGAUACAAUCUGUCGCAAUUUGGUUCAUGGAGUGGAGUUCAGAAGCAUUGAGUGGAUUGAAUUCUAUUGAGAAGUUGCUUGGAGUGCUAUUUUUAAGCGUAAAUUCAAGGCAUAGCGGUGAAUCUAUUGUUGAUCUCUCCAUGCUCUCUCCUGCCAUCUUGUUUCUCUUUGUUGCCAUGAUGUAUCUUCCACCUUAUACAUCUUUCAUGCCAAUAAAGGGUGAUGGAGAAGAAGGAGAAAAUCAAUUGGAAGCCAAUAAAAUAAUUAAAAAAAAUAAAAGGGCCAAAUUUGUGGAUAAUUUCAUCUUCUCCCAAAUUUCCUAUCUGCUUAUUUUCAUCUUUGUUAUAUGCAUUACAGAGAGACAUAACAUCAAGGAAGAUCCUCUCAAUUUCAAUCUCUUCAACAUUAUUUUUGAAGUUAUCAGUGCAUAUGGAAAUGUGGGGUUUACGAUGGGAUAUAGCUGCAAACGACAACUUCAUCCUCAAAGCAAUUGUGUCGACAAGUCGUUUGGAUUUUCAGGAAAGUGGAGCAGCAAAGGAAAGAUAGUUCUUAUUGUUGUUAUGAUCUUUGGACGACUCAAAAAAUUCAAUAUGAACAGAGAGAGAGCUUGGAAACUUCUCUAAUCUUUGACUCACAUGGAAUUAAAACAUGUGAUUUGUCAUUACAA